AUGUGUCCAGGUGUUGUUGGCCAAAAGAGCAUUGAACUCAUCACUCACGGCUUUACGCCAGAAGGACGCAAAGGUUUUAAGGAAGAAGAAGAGGCUAAAGAAGAAGAUGAGGGAUUUACCUACGAGGGACGAGAGAGCAUCAUUGGUGCGAGAGUUAGAACAAGGGGUAGUGGAGGAGGAGAUCGAAUUUGGGAAAAGAAGUAUGGAAUCGAGGAUAAUAAUUUGGAUGGCAAGUAUAAAGAUUGGCAGAAGAAAUUGCAUCCUGAUUUAGUUCAUUCAAAAUCUGAGAAAGAGAGAGAGUUUGCUGCAGAACAAUCUGCUAGGGUGAUUGAUGCGUACCGGACGCUAAGCAAUGCCCUGUCAAGGGCAAUAUACAUUCUGAAACUUGAAGGUGUAAAUAUUAACGAAGAAGAAACAGUGUCAGAACCAGAGCUGCUAGCUGAGAUUAUGGAAAUCAGGGAAGCAGUUGAAGAGGCACCUGACUCUCAGGCUUUAAAUGAGAUUAAGUCUUUGAUGCAAGAGAAAUUGCAAAAUUGGUCUAAUUCCUUUGCAAAUGCAUUCCGAGGCCGUAAAUUUGAAGAAGCUGUAAAAUGCAUCCGGAGAAUGACUUAUUAUGAACGUGUGAAUGAAGAAAUUGACAUCUUUGACCAAUCCUUAUGUCUCCAUCCUAUGGAUUUUGUUCCAAUUUGGGCAGUUCAGAAUGUCCUUCUCAAGUCAACAACACUCGAUUCCAAUUCAUUGGCUUCUCAUCUUCCACGAGAUUUAAUUUUGGUGGAAGACCCAGUGGAGACUGCUCGGUAUCAUGUCAUACAAAUGGGGAAAUCUGAAGCCAAGACAUGA